GCAAAAGGGGGAAUCGCGAGGAGGAGGGGGUGAGGAGGAGGCGGCACGGGUGCUGUUUCUCCAGUCUCUUUCCCCUGUCUUUGUCUCACACACUCUUUUGUUAGCCAUGCCUAGCCUGCUGGUUCUAGCAGGGAUCAUGGAGAAAAACGGGGGCUACGGCGGGGAUCUGGCCGGCUCCGGCUUCGGCAGCGAAGGUCUCCUCGUGCCGCCCGACGAGGAGGAAGACGACUCCCGUGCCCUCAGGGUCGCGCUGGGCCAGUUGUCUCUGCUGGGGCUCGGGGAAGGCGAGGACGGCGGCGGAGCCCCAACAACAGGAGUACAGGACCGGAGUAACAACAACAACAACCACCACAACCACGCGAACAGCGGCGGCGGCGGCGACGCUGCGAUCCUGCAGGGGAAGAGCAAGUUGUGCGCCCUGUACGAGGGCUCCUCGAGUGAGACGAAGGGACGAGGCUGCAACAUCACGGAAUGCGUCCCAGUGCCCAGCUCCGAACAUGUGGCCGAAAUAGUGGGCAGACAAGGUUGCAAGAUCAAAGCCCUGCGCGCCAAGACCAACACCUACAUCAAAACCCCGGUGAGAGGAGAGGAGCCUGUGUUCUUGAUCACCGGUCGGAAGGAGGAUGUUGCACUGGCCCGUCGUGAAAUCAUCUCUGCUGCAGAGCACUUCUCUAUGCUCCGGGCGUCCCGCAACAAGCUGGGCGUGUCCUUCAGCGGCUCCCCGCCCACACCGCUGCCCGGUCAGACCACCAUCCAGGUGAGAGUGCCAUACCGUGUCGUGGGGCUGGUGGUGGGGCCCAAGGGCUCCACCAUCAAACGCAUCCAGCAGCAGACCUGCACUUACAUCGUCACUCCCAGUCGAGACCGCGACCCUGUCUUUGAAAUCACGGGAUCCCCCAGCAACGCCGAGCGCGCCCGCGAGGAGAUCGAAGCGCACAUCGCCUUCCGAACGGGGGGCCUGCACGACCACAACAAUGAGAACGACUGCCUGGGGCCGAACGGUGGAAGCAGCCCGGCGGGCAGCAGCAGCGGCCUGGAGAGCCGGCUGCAGCAGGUGUGGGGGCUGCAGGGGGGCCAGCGCAAGCCACUCACCAGCAGCUACCGCCAGAACUUUUCAGAUGCCAUGGUCGGAGGGGGGGGAGGAGGCGAAGGAGGGGGGAUUUACAACAAGGGCAACUUUUCCAGCUCCAAUGAAAAGCCGUGCUCUUAUUUUGGAUCCGAGGGUUCCCAGAGCUGGGGCGACCCCGACUAUCCCAAACAGGUGGCCUUCUACGCCCAGCAGCGUUCCAAGAGCUUCGGAGGCCUCCCGCUCCCCCUGACCAGACUCUCCCCCGGCCUACCCGAACCCUGCGGAGGCGGAAGCACCAACAACUCCUCAGUCACCAGCAUUGUGCCCGUAGCCGGCUCACCUCACGCCCAGGCCCGCCGCGCCCACAGCGAGCCCACCUCAGCGGGCGAGGGGUUCCCGGGCCGUCUGCCGGUGCCGGACUCGCCACCGGCCACCGUGCGGGACUGCAUGACCUGCUUUGAGAGCAAAGUGACGGCCGCCUUGGUGCCCUGCGGCCACAACCUCUUCUGCAUGGAGUGUGCCAUUCGAAUCUGUGAGCUCAACCACCCGGAGUGCCCCGUGUGCCACACCCAGGUCACACAGGCCAUCCGGAUAUUCUCUUAAGGAACCACAUCAGUUUUUAUCAUUAGUUUUGUCAGUGUUUAUUCAAUAAUUAUUUACUGUUAUUAUGAUUAUUAUUAUAAUACACAUUUUUGUUUUUCAGAAAAUUUAAAAACAAUCAAGCAGAUAUUUUAGAAGGCACUGCUUGCUUUACUAAAAAAGUAUAAGAAAUAUUUUUAAGUUUUUCUUUUAUAUAUAUAUGCAUAUAUAUUUUAUAAAAGUUUUGUUUAUAAGAGAAGUAUAGUACCUUGCAUUUUCAGUUUUUUGACUGCUGCUGUUUUUCAUUCAUGAAUCACAGUUUAGGCAGAGCUAGACAGUAAUGUGAACAUUUUAUUAUUCAAAUUUUUUAUUUUACCAUGAAGUGGGUUUAUAUUGAAGGACCGAGAGGGUUGUUGAGGUACCCAUUCUGCACCUGACUGACCUACAAAGUCAAUGUUGUUAUUAGAAGGAAAUUUUCAUUGCACCUUACAAUCGUCUUGCUCAUAAAAUAGGAUUGUCAAUCAUACCUUGAAAUUUCUGGAGCUGAUGUGAAGGUGAAUUCAGCCAUUUUUUUAGUUUUUCUGUGACUAUGGUUGCAUUUUAUUGGUCCAAAAUAGAUUUUAGCGGAAUGAAAUUGUGAACAGAUUGAUUUUUAGUCAAAGCAAAGCAAUGUUUACAAGGAAUCAAACCCAGUCCCUUUAUUUAGUUCUUAUAUCACAUAGUCUUAAUGCUAAAAAAGGUAGUCAUUGUUUAUUUAUAAUUUUAAUUUGUAAAUUGUAUUAGUUUUAAUAUUCACAGAUAUACACAAAAAGUUGCAUAAAGUUUGAUUUUAUUUUCCUUUCAGUAGCCAUUGAUUAGACUUUGGUAACUGCAGUUUGUUGAACAGAUUCAGUAAAGCUUGCUCCUCGUGGCACUUGAAAAGCAUGUGGUUCCUCUAUUGGCUUAAAGCACUGAUUUAAUUUGUGAGGCAGAAAGCCUUGGAAUCCAUCCAGUUGGCUAGUUCUCCAUAACUGUCUCCCUGAUGGACUUGUUUCAAAGCCACCUUAACCGCGCUUUGUUGUCUCGCGUGGUCAUUUGGCCACAGUCGCCGGCGAUAUAGGACAAUGCAGGAGCUCCAGUCAACAAGCAUUUCUACGAGGUGUGCGCUGUAAAUAAGGAGCAGAAUUAGCAUGUGGCCAGAAGCCGAGUAAAAGUGUAGCUGUUUCCUGAAACGGCAGCAGUUGACACUGUAAAAUGCAGAGUCCCAAAUCAGUAAUCCUUCCUCCACGUCCCGCUCCGAGCAGCAUUAUGCGCGAGCAGAGGGCCUGCUGUCCCCACUGUAAUUAGCAAGGCUGUACAGGAGCAGGUGUUUGGUGGCACUGUGGCGGUGACCCCAAGUUGGAGGUCCCGCCUAAAGCGCCUUUCUUUCCGCCUUUUCUUUGGGAGUGGCUUUUGUGUCUCUCCCAGCUUACAGUUCGAUCGCUGCUUUCGAGGCCUCUCUGACUGGGGCGCAUUGUCUGGGCCCAGUAGCGGCGUUGGGCUGCGAGCGCUCGGACACGGCCUGGAUCGGCUCAUUGAUAAUUAGGCAAAUGGGCCGGUCCAGGUGCGGCCCGCGUGGAGGCUCCGGAGCCGUACGAGGGGCAGCACAGGGUCCCGCAGCGAGCCCCACCCGCUCCGAGCAGAGGGUCCGGAUGGUCUGGAUGCAGCUGGGCAAAUAGCACCCCCUCCUUCCACUCCCUCCCCCCUUUUUCCUCUCCUUUUCUGCUGCUCGGAGCGAUCCCUACCGAGGAGAGGGGGGCCUCUUUUGUCCUAAAACACACACACACACACACACACACACACACAAUAUCUGAAAGACACUAGCUGAAUUUGGCAUUGACUGUGAAAUGAGGGGAGGCUCAGCGGCAAAAUAAUUUAUCUACAAUUAUCAGGAGGUGCAGCCGUUACCUGUGUGUGCAUUAAUGUCACGCUAUUUACCACACAGCAUUUUAAGAAGGGUGAUUGCGUGAUCUUAUUAUAUGUGGUGCAGCGGUAAUCCCCCCUCCUGCACCGCUCGGAGGGGGAGCCGCUUGUGUGACAGCGCCAGUGCAGAUCGAAGUUUCCACAAAACCCGCGCCCCCGGCCCCUCCGCGCCCCGACUCGCUACUGUAUGGGACAUCCUGCAGCUGCCCCUUCACUGUGGACACCCGGGCUCCAGCCAAUGGUAGUGGCCCUCGCUUUGAGCUUCCAGAAUGAAAUCAGACAAUUGUAAUUGACAGGAAAGCAGAGGAAACGCCCCAUUUAACCAGCACUCAUGCUGAAUCAAAUUACACACCCUCUGCGUCUGCCUUAGCCCCAGCCUGGGGAUUUCAGAGGGCUAGAGGAGAGCGGGUGGGGGUAGGGAUUAAAGCUGUUGAAUAAUGGGGGGGUGUGGGGUGUGGGGCAUUCGUUUGGGAUGGAGAAGGCCAGAGAGGUAUGUUCCCUAAUACGAGACCCCGCACAUCUCACAAACACACGGAUCAGUGUUGCAGCGAGUUGUGACUUGUCACAUGUGGGCCAGUAGUGGUGACGGGAGCGGAGUCAUUCACAGCGUCUGGUGUAUUGGAGAACAAUUCAGCUCGGCUUCUGUCUUAAAACAAUAGCAACUCUCCUGAUUUUUUUUUUCUUUAACACAAAGCAGACCGCUCGCGUUUGGUGUGGGCUGCCGGAAAAGCACUGUACUUGCAAAAAGGUACCCUGAAAUCUAAGAGCUGUAGGAAUAAAGAAUAGUUUUGAGUUUAUGGAUGUGAUAUUGCACAGUUGUUUGGCCUGAGCUUUCAACAGCAAAUUCAAGACAGCAUGACAGCAGACGUAGUGUUUUUAUUUUGUUUUCUGCCUUAAUACUUUUGAAAGAAAAUAUUGCCAUGACUUUGCAUACAAGGUAGCUCCGUUGGCCUUUGGUAGUACUGCCCCCACUAAACAACUUUAUGACUUAUUUUUGGAAAUGAGAAUGUGAAUCAAACUGCUUGGGUGGGGAUUAGAGGGAUUCAGGAAAUUAGGCUCUUAAAACACUUUACUUAAAAUACAGAGUAAAGCACCUUAUUACAAAACCUGCGCAUUUCAUUAAUACCAAACCGACCACUGAUGGUGAGCUAGAAUUCAUAGGAUUGAAAGACAUGCACAUAAGGAUUCCCUAUCAUUUUCGUGUUCUGGUGGUUCUUGUUGUUCUUAAUGCUACAGUAGUGGUUGUAGUGAUCGUGUGGGAGACCUCUCACCCGUUUUAGUCAGCGCUGAUGACUUGGUUGAGAUUGCACUGGUUUAAUGAGCAGAGGGCUUAUUGGAGGUUCUCCCAGUUUAGACGCUGUAUAAGUUAUGAGCAUCGUACUUUAUGGGAAAGCGCUCCGAGCAUCUAUGUAAAUACAGUAUGUGUAUCACUUAUGAUCAUCCAGACAGGCCCGCUUGAAGUGAGGUUUCGAUUAUUUUUACAAACUGAAAGUGUCAUUGUCAAUGUUUUAGCAUAUGAAAUUCAAAAUGUUUGAGUUUUAGGGAGAUUAAAUCUUUAUAUAUGCCUCCCAUCGUCCUUUUGACAAUAAUAGUAUAUUAGAUAGAUCCAUACAUUUAAGAAAUAUUAUUUAAAUUGAUUAACUUAGUAUUUCAUCCAAAUAUAUAGAUAAGAAAUUAACCAGACUCUACUAUAAAGUGUAACAAUGAAUAUCUUUUAUGAAGUCGCUGAUGUAUAGUCCAGUCUCAAAUACAAACUCAAAUGAAUAGUAUGUAACUUAACCCCUAACGAAUGACUCAGUUUUUAUGUAUAUUAGGAUGAAAAGCAAUAAUAGGUCUAUACGGGGACAAUAAACAGAGGAGCCUUCUUAGUCAGUUCUUUAAAUAAUAUUCUAUUCAGAAAUUGACCUUAAUUAUUAGAAAAGAAAUGUUGCCUUUCAGUCUCGUACCUGCUUAAAAUUCACUAUGGAUUCACACCACUGUAGAAACAGAGGUUUAAUUAAUUAGCAGCAGUUUCAGGAUACGCAUUAGUUCGUUUUUGUGUUCAUCAGGGUCUCAGUCGUUUGAUUACUUAAUUGUUUGUUUAUUUCAAUCAGGUCACAGGGUGAGUCAAGGCAAACGCAAGGAUCCCUUCCUCUAGCACUGAAAUGAUGAAGCUGCAGUUUCUGUGCCUUAGAGGAAAGCCAGGUCCAGACGCGAUCGCUCGGGUGUAAACGAGCAACGAGGUCUUCCUCCUGUUUGUUUCUUAGGUGUGUUACCUGCAUCAUAUCUGAGGACGAGUCCUGUUUGCAGAGCGAUGCGUUUGUGGCCUCGUGUCUCUAUUUGAAACUUGCGUUACACCUGCUUUUAUUUAUCUGUAUCGUUUCUUUGAAAGAAAAAGGUCAGAAAUAGCCAAAGAACAAAUGACAAGGAGAUGAAGAACAUGAACUAACUUAUCGCUUGAGUUAACUUAUUUAAUCAGAAUCAUCUUAGGUUAUGGGUUUAUUGAAUAGAGAAGUAACCUCACAGCUGAAAUGACUGUUUACUCAAGUUUUAGAGGCCACUCAAUCGAUAUCUAUGAAAUGACGGCAUAUCACGUUUCAGUGUCGUAAGCUUAGUUAAAUACUACAGAGGCGCCGGUAACAGAUUUAACUCUCCCCAAAGAGAAAAGCAUAGCACAUCCUGGCACUUAAGGUCCUUUGAGUCCUCCUUUUAUUGUCCUGAUUAGAUUGUUGGAAAAAAAAAGUCCAGGGAAUCUCUUAAUCUUUCUGAAAACCUCACCAAUCUAGAGACGUUGAGAGAAAAAAGGACGGGCAACAUAAUAAACUGAAAAGCAGACUGAAAAGAAAUCGUGUUGACAAUGACAAGCUGAGAGUAAACGCUUCCGUUGGGACGAAAACAAGGUGACAGUGUAAUGAUAAACGAAAUAACACUGUGGUUUUAGUUCAUACUGUUUAGAGCCAUUAACUGUAUCCUUAAGUUUAACUGCAUGUUAGUAAAUUAUAGCACAGUAGGUAAGAUUUAUCAGAAAAAAGUUAAGAUCGCAUACAAAGUUCAUCAGUCUGAUACCUGAAGUGUAUAAAAAGCUUUAAGACCUUGAAGUGGACGCUGAUAAAAUCAUAUAUUUACCAUGUAGUCUAAUUGAUGCAUAAAGUUUAAUUAUGAUUCUUAAGAAUAUGCUAAAGUGUAAGUUUCAUUUGUCCAACUCACCCAGUAUGACGUCAUUUUAAUUCAGCGGAGCAACAAAGGGGUGGAGUGACGCUAGGUGACAUUUGACUUGUUCAGUUCUUGUUAGUAUUAUUUACAAUAUUGUAUUAAGCUUACUAUUAUAGUAACGGUAGAAACUGUUGAUGUUUUUUCUUCUCUUGAUAUGAAAAAGUCUUUAUGCAUUUGCGUAGAAUCCUUUUUGAGGAGUGAUAGGAAAUCCUUAUUUUCUAUGGAUGCACUUAAGCAAUUGUACCAACCUGUCAAAAUCACACAUUGAGCAAGUAACGCAUUUGAAUGUAAAAAGACCACUCGACUUAAUGCACUCCUUUAUGCUUGUUGUUUUGUCAAUUUACAAGUGAGCUUUAAGUUUUUGUUUGUUUUUUUGGAAAGGAUUUGCGACAGGUUUUCAAUGUAGACUAUAUUUGAGUUCUUCCACAUACAUUUAUAGAAAGUAACUUAAAAUAAAUAAAAAAAACAUAUUACAGUUUCUCAAAUCUAUUUUGCUAACAUGGGUUAUUAUUUCAUAGAAAGCAGAGGAAAAAAGUCAGUAUCUGGAUGUUAUUUAUGAAAAGUAAAAAAAAAAAUGAAGCAACAUAUUUAUGGGUAACCUCAAGACAUUUUGUUUUUUAAUUAAAAUUACAAGAAGUUAAUAUAUUUCUAAACACAGGGAGGUCAGUUUCUACUACUAAGUAAAAUGAGAAAAGAAGUUUAGAAGUUUUAUUUAUGGAAGUUACGGGCACUCGUCAUUCCACGUGCUUCGUGGUAAAUGAAGCAAAUGAAGAGCUGCCCGUAGCUUAAAUUUUAACUUCAGACAUGCACUACUUUAACAUCUGUGCAUUCACAUGGAAUAAUUACAGAAAAUAAUAUAAUAUUUUUUAGAAUUUGGAGAUAUUUUAGUCACAGAGCAUCAAUUUUGUGCCUCAAUUCUAUAUUUUUCCUGCAUCAGCAUUCUUUGUGCAGUGCUGCUUGCUGUAACCCCUUUCCCCCUUCAACUAACCCCGUUACUGACUGAAACGCAUUACUCAUUUCCUCUGUAAUCUAAACUUGCUUUUACUUAUCCAACGUGUAAAACAUGUUACGACUGCAACGCUUGGAAUGAAUGAGGCAGUUGCGGCCCUCCCGCCAAUAGGGGCCGCACACAACUUGUACACACUUUCAUUCAUAUAUUUUCUACAUCUACUACUCAGUUUGUGAUCAAUAGCGACGAGCAUAAUCAGCUUAAAGGAAGCCUUUGAGAGACUUUCCCGAAUGGGUUCAUUAGGUGAAGUGUGCAGAUUGAGCGGCAGCGCACUGUGUAGUAGAUCUAUGUAACUAGAUGCACACAUAUACACACACACAGCAGUUUCAUUACCGUACUAGUUUGCAUGUAUGUUGUAUGGUCACUUAGACAGGAGAAACGGCGCAGGCUCUGGCUUAUUCUCUGACGUCAGCACACUUGGGCUGUUUCUCCUCUGUAGAUUUUCAUAGUUGGAGUCUCUUUGGAAAAUGGAAAGUUGACAUGCGUUUGGAGCCAGGCAAAAAGAAAUAAUGGGUAAAAAGUCCAUUUCAGUCCCCACAUUAGAGUCAGAUUUUGUAUUCUCAGUUACCUGUUCUUGAUGAAAGACUGUUUGCACCUCAUGUGAAUUAACUUGAACUUCUUAGCUUGAAUAAGAGUUGAUACAGAUUUAGGAAAAAACUUGACAAACACACUACAAUGGCACGUUUUCUGCUGCAUGUAAAGGAUGGGGACUGAAGUGGUGCUCGCUGGUGAAACUUGCAACCUUUUCCAAAGAGGCCGAUACAGUCUGACAGUUUGUCUUUGGUAGUGUUUCCAAUUUUUCCAGCACAGUAGAGGUGUUUCAUGCCAGUCUAAUAGUGGUUGUAGUGCAUUAGUUUUGGGCCAGCAUCACCUGGCGUUAGUUUCUGGUUUCUCUGUGAACAGUGAAAGAGGGUUGCCACUGUGGCCCUCUGUGGCUGACCGUCAACUUUGAUGGAUGGGAAAAAAAGAAGUCUUUGAACUCUGUUACAGUAUGCCAUGCCCUUGCACGGCAUGUGAUAUUGCAGGUUUCUUUCUUAUAGCACAUGUUUUUUUGUGAAUUACAUUUUUUGGAGACAUUUUUAUUAUUAUUAUUAUUAUUAUUAUUAUUAUUAUUAUUGUAUCUGCGCCAUGUUAGUUCUGGUUCUUUGUUAUUUUUCCAAGAUUCAAAAUGUAUUGUAAAUGUUUCUAAUAAAACAAAAAUGAAAUGA